UUAGUUAACUUUCUUGAAUACUCUUCAAUCACGGUUACCCCCGGACAAAAAGACUUUUUUCUUCUAUUAUCUUAGUUAUCAAGAUGAAAAUAUAGCUGACAAUGUGUGGAAUAUGUUUUAUUUUGUUUGAAAAAGGAAACGGGCAGGGAUUUGUUUCGGAUGAUAUAUUCAACAACUCGAGGCUGAGCAAUCGUGGACCGGAUAGUAGCAAUGUUACAAGCUUCGACAUUUCUGACCAUUUAACAGCAUUUUUUUCUGGUCAUGUCCUUCACCUUAGAGGAGAUGAAAUGGCAGAGCAGCCAGCUGUAGACUCCAAGGGAAAUCUUCUGUUAUGGAAUGGAGAAAUAUUUGGUGGAAUCAGUGUAGAAGAAUCAGAGAGUGAUACGAAGGUAUUGUUAGAAUUGUUGAGUGACUGUUCAUCAGAUGCUCAGAUCACAACAUUGUUAUCACAAGUUCAAGGUCCGUGGUCAGUCAUAUACUGGCAGGCGACCAGAAAGACGUUAUGGUUUGGACGUGAUGUAUUUGGAAGGAGAAGUUUGCUUUGGCAUUUACCAGAAAACCACACUGAAGCGUUUAGUCUGUCUUCUGUCCAGAUAAAACCUUGGAAGUAUAAAGAAAUACCAUCUGUAGGGAUCUUUAAGAUGACCAGUACCCAGAAGGCAUCUGGGGCUCAACACACAAUUACUCUGUUUCCAUGGAAGUCUGCUGUAUGGCCUGGAAGUUUGGAUGCUGUUCAGCAUGGUCCUGAAUUGGCUGUAAAUCUGUAUGCAGGUGAGAUGCCAGCCGAGAUUGUAGGGUUUGAAAUGAGUAGCUCUAUUACAGUACCAUCGCAGAUGCCAGCUCUAAACAAGUGUCUACCAUCGGCUGAUCAUAGUGUACCAGAUCUAUUUCCGGACCAGUCUUACCUUGAUUAUCUACAGAAAAUUCUUGAAGCAGAUAGUUACUUGAGAACUCUUAGUAGACAACUGACGGGUGUGUUACUGGAGGCUGUGAAGACAAGGGUAUUUAAUCAACAUAUUGUUGAGCCAUCAACAGUUAUGACAGCUAGAAAAAGUCCAGACCAUUUAUCAAAAGCAAAGGAUGACAAAUCCUGUACAAAUGAGGCAACAAAUGAUGUAAUGGAAAAUGGUGCAUCAUGUGACAGUCAUGUGACAUUUUCAGCUAGAGUAGCCAUUUUGUUUUCUGGAGGAAUUGAUUCAACUGUAAUUGCUGCCUUGGCUGACAAAUGUUUACCUAUCAAUGAACCAAUAGAUUUGCUGAAUGUUGCCUUUGAGUUGAAACCGAAAAAUACUGGCCGUAAGGAGAGACAAUCAAAGCCACCCCCUGAGAAGAAAUGGGAUGUUCCAGACAGAUUGACUGGUUAUACAGCUUUAUCCGAGUUGAACCCAGAUAGACUUUGGAACUUUAUAGAAGUCAAUGUUACUGCUGAACAGUUACAGGAGGCUAGAAGUUUCCACAUUCAAGAUUUGGUAUACCCGCUGCAAACUGUGUUAGACGACAGUAUAGGUUGUGCGGUGUGGUUUGCUUCAAGGGGCUCUGGAAUUCUGGGAAAUGGACCAAACAAGGGUGCUAAUAUAUGUAGCAGUGCUAGGGUUAUACUAUGUGGUAUGGGAGCUGAUGAACAACUUGUAGGCUAUUCCAGACACAGAGUUAAAUACAAAGAAGAAGGGUGGCUAGGACUGAUCAAUGAGAUAGAAAUGGAGGUAACCAGAAUCUCAGCGAGAAAUCUUGGCAGAGAUGAUAGGAUAAUAACUGAUCAUGGCAAGGAAUCAAGAUUUCCUUUUCUUGAUGAGAGAGUUGUUAAGUUCCUUAGUUCUCUACCACUCCAUGUGAAGGCUGAUCUUAACCUUCCACGUGGACUAGGUGAGAAGUUACUACUCAGAAUGAGUGCAACAGAACUGGGUUUACACCAAACAGCAGUGUUGGCAAAGAGAGCCAUUCAGUUUGGAUCUCGGAUUGCAAAACUAGAAAACAAUAAAGAGAAAGCAACAGACAUUUGUUCUAGAUUGACAAAUAUGUCUCUUACUGAUACAUAAUUGCUCAUUUCAUCCUGUGAAAGAUGCCGAAAUACUGAAUAAAAUUUAAUUUUAAUACGA